UGGCCUGGAUGUGUGUGCGAUUGUGUGUACUGUUUUUUUUUCUACCAGCGUCAGCGUGCAACAUGAUCUUUGCACGCAGCUCAGGAGAGGAGAAGCCGGCUUCUGCUCUGCCGUGGUGUCCGCUUCGAAGCGCACGGCAAGCGGCUUAAGGAGGAGAAUGUGGCCGGUAGUUUUGUGACUGAUGACUACAAGCUGGAGGAGCAGGACGGGGAGUAGUCGAGCUUGUCUGCGUCAAAUGUGUCGACCCUCCACUGGAUGGUGAUGGUGAUGAUGAUACCAUCGGUGCCUCUUAUUUGACUCUUUUUUUUUUUUUUUUCCUCGACAUGAGCUCGCUAUUCUUCCCUGAUGGUGCACCCGUUCCGGUCGGGCACGCGCCCCCGGCGGGCACUAGCGCCCUGCGGAACGACCUGGGCUCCAACAUCCACGUCCUCAAGACGCUCAACCUGCGCUUCCGCUGCUUCCUGGCUAAGGUCCACGAACUGGAGCGGCGGAACCGGCUGCUGGAGAGCCAGCUGCAGCAAGCCCUGCAGAGGCCGCACUACCGCGGGCUGUACGGCCGUGACGUGACCGUGCAGACAGACGGCGGAACCGAGUCCAGGCUGCCCGACAUCUGGUCCUUCACCCAUGUGCGGUAAACAAGGGGAGCGCCUGGAGGACGCUGCCGCGGGCCCGGUGUGUCGUGGACGCACCCGGACGGGGUGGGCGUGCAGAUAGACACCAUCACACCGGAGCUGAGAGCGCUCUACAACGUGCUGGCUAAAGUGAAGCGGGAGAGGGACGAGUAUAGGAGAAGAUGGGAAGAGGAACUGUACAAACGCGAGAAGCUGGAGUCUUCAGUGGAAUCCCUACACCAGCGCGCCAAAGAGUCAUCCGAAAUUCACGAUGACCUAAAUGACAAGGUGGAGAGACUAAAGGCGGAACUGGUGGUCUUCAAAAGCCUCAUGAGCGACCAAAUGUCUGACCUGGAUUCCAAGAUUCAGGAGAAAGCACGGCGGGUGGACAUGGACAUCUGCAGACGCAUCGACAUCACGGCCAAGUUGUGUGAUGUGGCGCAGCAGCGCAACUCGGAGGACAUGUCCAAGAUGUUCAGUGCCAGCUCGGCCAGGUCGCUUCCAGAGAAGCAGAGUGCCUCAGUGAGCUGCAAAAGAAAAGAGCGCAAGGCGUUGUCCAACGAGGACGUUUCCGAGAUGGACGCGGAGCCCAGCCCCCUGGAGGAGGACACGCUCAACAUUACGGACGAGAUGAAACGCAUGCUAAACCAGUUCCACUGUUCAGAUAACUCCUCUGUUGCCAGGCGAGAGACGUUCGACCUGGACGACGACUGCGACAGUCUGACCUGGGAGGAGAACGAGGAGACGCUGCUGCUGUGGGAGGACUUUGCUAACUACAACGUGCCAUGCGGCAUCAUGACAGCAGCGGCGGCGGCGGUGGUACCGCCCUGUGCCAACGCAUUACCGAGCGACGGGGGAGGCGAAGGCACGGAACCGGACUCCAACGACAAAAGUCUCGGCAGCCUCAUCAACGAAACUGAGUCGCUUUUUAAGAACCGAGAGAAGGAGUACCAGAAUACCAUCGGGCAGAUUGAGAUGGAGCUGGCCACGGCCAAGAGCGACAUGAACCGCCACCUGCACGAGUACAUGGAGAUGUGCAGCAUGAAGCGAGGCCUGGACGUACAGAUGGAGACUUGCCGGCGCAUGAUCAAAGGCGGCAGGAGCUCGCCGUCGUUAAGCUCCGCCGCCAGCAGCGACUCAGGGAACACAGACGACGUCCAAGAUGAGAUCUCGGACAAGGACGUCAAUGCCGAAGUCCCCAUCAGUUGAUGACUGCUCGGGGAUGUGGUGGUGUGUGACGACAACCACAACAAGAAAAACAAAGGCUCACUGAGGUCGGCUCAGAAUCUUGGUGCUUUUGUUACUAUUUUGUUCAGUCGGAGGUGAGGGUUGUCAGAGAAAGGGGUGCUCUUUUCCUCUUGGGCUAUUUGCUCGGGUUAUAGGUCAUUUUGAAAGUCUACGCCCGUCACAUCUUUGAAAAUCCAGGUCAUACCGUCCAUGAUACUGGCAUUGUUUUGCACCUUGUACCAAAAGCAAAUAUUUGUGGAAUAAAGUAAAACGACUCACCCUUUGAGGAGGCCUGAGAGUGACCUAAGGGAAAGGGAAAAGGAAAGUGUAAGUGAACGUGUUAAGGUUUUGUGGCGUUAAUGCUUUAAAUGGCGCAGCAUGUCGGUUUAGCGGUUAGCACUUAGCACAUCUAACUCACAGUUAAGUCAUCGUGCGUUCAAAUCUCAGCUCAGGGCUCUCCGUGCUGGCAUUAAUUUUCUCCAGUGAGUGUAAUUGCUUGUUUGGAUGUAUCUGCCCCGUGAUUGGUCCAGCCUUUUGCCUAAAUCUGAGAUAGGCUCCAGAUUACCUGGAAUCCUAAUGGGGGAAGCGCAUGGAUGAAAUGGAUGACUAAAGUUAAAAAAUAAAGUAAUACUACUCACCCUUUCAAAAGGCCAAAAGAGAUGGAACAAGUGGGUGUCAAAUGUCACCUAUUGGCCAACAAUAACAUCUGACCUAAUUGGUCUUCAUCGCUUUAUAGAGACCGGAUACUGUAGAUAUAACUGCAUUAAAAAAAAGGUGACUCGACCUGAGAUAAUUUGUGACUAGACCUGACCAAGACUAAUAACUGAGGACUUGCUUGAGACUUGAAUCUUAAGACUUAGAGUUAGGAUUUACAAAUCCCAACUCUGGAAACUCUGAAGCCCUAUUGUGCACCGAUAAAUUCAGACUACGACCCGGCUACAAAUGACUUCCACUUUUAGACAUUUGGAUUGUUGUUGCAAGAAUGUUUUGCUGUUGAAAAGGGGGAAAAGAGCACAGCCUUUUUUUUUUUUUUUUUUUUUUAAAUGCAUCAGUGCACUACAGAAGUUCUAUGCAAUGGGGCUGGACUUGCAUAUAGACGAGCUUCUUUAUUUCUCUCCUAAAACCGAUACAAUUAGCCUUCUAACCAAAGCAGGUGUUUUUUCUACAGCGCAUAACGCUUUAAUUCAGGUUUGUCUGUGUGUCUUUCAGUAGCAUUUUUUCCUCAUUCAAGAGUAAUGCCUUAUAUCCACUAACAGGAAGCACAUUAUUUGCAUCCUAACGUAAAAUGCUCUUCUCUAGCCUUGUGCAGCAUAUAUACAUGAUUCCAAAAGGAAAGAACACCGCCCCCAUUACACAAAUCCAGAAUAUGAUUAAAACCAAACGGAGCCCUUGAAGCUCUAAAGCAAAAACCAAAGGUACCGUCCAAAAUCGCCUUCAUGUUCUUUCUUCUAAAGUUGCUUUUGCGUGUGUGAGUGUGUGUGUGUGUGUUUUAAUGCAUUGCAACAUCAAUGUGUGUAUUGUACAUUGCAUUAGCCCAGAGGCCUUUUAGCUAAAACAGCGGACGCUUCAAAGUGGAACACCGGUUCCUUCAUGUUGCUUGACCUCUCGUCCCAACACUCAAGCAUACAGAGUAAAAUCAUUUCUUCUAAAUCAUUUGAAUUCCAAAUUGUACCACCAUUGUGGUGCUCCACUUUCGAGCUUCCACUGUACAUUACAAAUCUAUUUGGUUUUCAGUGCUAACGCUGCUAAUUCCGCGUCAAGAAGAAAAGACGCAUGCGGGCAGAUGUGAUGUUUCCGCAACGUGUUUGUACUCUAAUGUAUAACCUGAAAUAACUUCCAAUUAAGCAGAAUGUUAUCAAAAUACUUUUUUUCCAGCAUGUUUGUACUGGAAAAAAAGAUAGUAUUUUUUGUAGCAUAUUUUCGAAACUUGUGCCGUUUUAAACAAAAAGGCACUGACGCUGAUUACAGAUUUGCUAAAUUUUUUUGUGGUAUUCCUUUACUUUUGCCAUAAUUUGACAAGAUAUAAUAACCAUGGAUUAUGUUAAGACGAGAGUGAGCAUCACUCACAGUAGCAGUACACUACAUCAUAUACGUAUAGUAUAUGUCGAUGUAUGCAUGUACGAAUUAUGUUCUACAUCAGGAGCUUUUUAUUUUACGUUUCAUUAAAAACGAGCCUUUGUAACAAGGCUGUUGAUUUACGCAUUAAAGCUGUGAGUGGCUGUUAAAAAUGUUAAAAAAGCAGGGAUGUGUGCUUGCUUGACAUGCAAGGAUGUGAAUAUUUCGUACUAAAAAUCUUUUUUAUACUACUUUUUAAAAAUGGAUGUUUGUGUGUACCAAUUAGUAUCCCCUUUGAAUGACUUCUACAAUGCAGGCGGUAGCAAAAGUUGCAUUCAUGGCCAUGUGAGGGUCCUUUAAUUUUGUUUCCAUCCAUUUGUUCAUUUAUUUCUUCUUUAUCAAAAUAAAUAUUAACAUAGUCAUGUGGGUCUGGGGCAAAAAAUAAUGAAUGUGCUCAAUGUUGGGGUAAGUUGAAUAAACAGUGAGAGGGAAACAUU